UGUCAAAUCACGAUCAUAAAGUGUCUUACAUUCUUGUCCAUUUCUCAUUGCCGCUUGUAAUUUCUCGCUGGUCGGGUCGAGUAGCUGGCCAAUUUGGCAGCAAACAAAUCCCAUUCAAAAUUUCCAUUUCCACCAGACAAGAUGUCACUUGGCUCUCGUUCUGCCCACUUUUGUAUGGGCAGGCGCAUUUUUUUCCACAAUCGAAGCGACAGCAACAAGAAAGGAAACUGUAUCGUUGGCGUCCUUGCGGCCCUGGCCGGCGUCUAUGAGCUGGACAAGUUCGACGAGGGCUCCGCGGAGCACACGGAGAAGUUCGUCCAACUGGGAAUGGCAGGUGCUCUGAUCUUGGCCGGACUGGUCGGUUGCCUGGGAGCCAUCUUCGGUUCCAUCAAGGUGAUGGUGGUGAACUUGAUUCUGCUUCUGGCUCUGAUAGCCUCGCACAUCUGGAAGGUCUCCCACUACAAUGAGACCAAGCAGCUGGACGCCACUGAGGUGUACGUGAUGGAUCUCUGGAUGAAGGAGCUGGUCCACCACGGCGCCAUGCAAGACUUGCAGCAAGAGUACGAGUGCUGUGGCGACAAGGGAUUCUCCGACUACACGAGCCUCAACAUGAAGGUGCCCCGCAGCUGUUUCCACACCAAGGACGGCAUUCACGCCUUGUAUCCGUAUGCGGAGGGCUGCAUGGCCGCCGUGAAGCGGGCCUAUCUGCAGAUCUACCGAUACGAGAAGUGGGUGCACUGCGGACUUAUUGGCUACGAGGUCGUAGGCAUCAUCUUGGGAAUCACCUUGUGCUGCCAGCUGACCAACAAGACUCGUCGCUACACCUACUAACCACGAAUGACAUUUAUAGAGAUAAGCACUUGCCACUUGGAUAACCAAUAAACCAAAGUUUUCAUAAGAUCUUAA